AUGGAGAGAGAGUAUAUAGUUUGCUUCAUUUCUAUUCCAAAGAUACUAAACUUGAUAGGUUAGGGCAAACAGUAAUUCUCUCUCUAUAAAACCCUUGUUCGAAAAUCUUCUCUCCAAAACCCGCAAAUUUCUGCUACUGCUUCACCACGAUAAUGGAUUUGCUCCGAUCAAAUCUUUCUCGUGUUCGAAUUCCGGAGCCAACCAAUCGCGUCUACAAGCAAGAGUGCUGCUUGUCUUUCGACACUCCUAUUUCAGAUGGUGGGUUAUUCAUCGACAUGUUUACGUUUCUUGCUUUUGGAAAGGAUUACGUUGGUUGGAACUUUGAAAAGACUGGAAAUCCUGUUUACUUGCAUGUAAAGAAGACUAAGAAGUUGGUUCCAGAAGAUAGGCCUUCAAAGAAACCUACUCUCUUGGCUAUUGGUGUUGAUGGGGGAUUUGAUAACAAUGAUGCUGAAUAUGAAGAAACUCAUAAUAUAGUUAUAUUACCUGACUAUGUUUCUCUUUCAUUUCCUUCUGUCGAAUUGCCGGAGAAGGUAAGGUUGGCUGCUGAUGCUAUAUUGCGAGAUGCGGGUGCUGAACGGAAGGAGCAAGUUGCAUCUUGGACUGCUGAUCGGAAACUCGAAAGUGUCUAUGCAAUGAACUUACAGCAAAUUGACAAUAGUGUUGUUAUUCCUCCAUCUGGGUGGAAAUGUUCCCAGUGUGACAAGACAGACAAUCUUUGGUUAAAUCUGACUGAUGGAGUGAUACUUUGUGGGAGGAAAAAUUGGGAUGGAAGUGGUGGUAACAACCAUGCUGUUGAACAUUAUAAAAAGACUGGCUACCCACUUGCUGUAAAGCUUGGGACUAUUACUGCUGAUCUGGAAGCAGCAGAUGUAUUCUCCUAUCCGGAGGAUGAGAAUGUGUUGGACCCACUUUUAGCGCAACAUCUGGCAUUUUUUGGGAUUGAUUUCUCAUCACUGCAAAAGACUGAAAUGACGACUGCUGAAAAAGAACUCGACCAAAAUACCAAUUUUGAAUGGAAUAGAAUCCAAGAAAGUGGACAGGAAGUGGAACCAAUUUUUGGACCUGGAUUUACAGGAUUGGUCAAUCUUGGAAACAGUUGUUACCUGGCAGCAACUAUGCAAGCUGUAUUUUCAUCACGAUCUUUCUCUUCAAGGUACUAUAUAAACCAAAGUCUAAAGAAGGCAUUUGAGGCGGCUCCUGCUGAUCCAACUGUGGAUCUCAAUAUGCAGUUGACGAAAUUGGCACAUGGUUUACUAUCUGGCAAAUAUUCUGUUCCUCAAUUUGAGAAUGAUGAGGACAAAAACGUUGCAAUUGCAACCACUCCUACAUCCGCGGUGCAGGAAGGGAUACCACCACGUAUGUUCAAAGCUUUAGUAGCUGCCAGCCAUCCGGAAUUUUCAUCUAUGAGACAACAGGAUGCUUUAGAAUUUUUCCUUCAUUUUCUUGACCAAGUGGAACGAGCUAAUGCUGGGGAAACUGAACUGGAUCCUGCAAGGAGUUUCAAGUUUGGUGUUGAAGAUCGAAUUUUGUGUUCAUCCGGAAAAGUUGCAUAUAAUAGAAGGAAUGACUACAUUCUUUCUCUGAAUAUCCCAUUGCAUGAAGCAACUAAUAAAGAAGAGUUGGAAUUGUUUCACAAACUGAAAGCAGAAAAGCUUUCUGAAGGAAAAGAAGUGUCUGGUGAUGAGAUUGUACGUCCAAGGGUGCCUUUAGAAGCUUGCCUAGCAAGCUUCUCAUCUCCCGAGGAGAUACAUGAUUUUUACAGCACUGCUUUGCAAGCGAAGACAACAGCGGUGAAAUCGGCUGGUCUGACAUCAUUCCCUGAUUACCUGGUGUUGCACAUGCGGAAGUUUGUUAUGGAAGAAGGAUGGGUACCUAAAAAACUCGAUGUAUAUGUCGAUGUUCCUGAUAUCAUAGAUAUCAGUCAUAUGCGUAGCAAAGGUCAUCAACCUGGGGAAGAGCUUCUACCAGAUGGGGUACCCACCGAGGAUGAUUCAGAAACACCUUUAGCCAAUGAAGACAUUGUUUCCCAACUGGUUUCUAUGGGCUUUCACCUUAUUCAUUGUCAAAAAGCUGCUAUAAAUACAUCAAAUGCUGGAGUAGAAGAGGCAAUGAAUUGGUUACUAUCUCACAUGGAUGAUCCAGAUAUCGAUGCUCCUAUUUCUAAAGGGCGUGGCUCUGAAAGUGUUGACCAGUCAAAAGUUGAUACCCUAAUAUCAUUUGGAUUUCAAGACGACGUUGCUCGAAAGGCGCUGAAAGCGUCGGGUGGUGACAUAGAGAAAGCAACAGACUGGAUCUUUAGCAAUCCCGAUGCAUCUGUUUCCAACAUGGAUGCUACUGCAUCCAACACUACAUCUGGUCCAAAUGAUGCUGACUUACCCGAUGGAGGAGGAAAAUAUCGACUAAUGGGAAUUGUUAGCCACAUUGGAACCUCAACGCAUUGUGGUCACUAUGUUGCUCACAUCUUAAAAGACGGUAGAUGGGUUAUUUUUAACGACAACAAGGUAGGCGCUUCCAUCAAUCCUCCCAAGGACAUGGGCUAUCUUUACUUUUUUGAGAGGCUUAACUCGAAUUAGAUUGUGUGUCAAGAAUCAAACUCUGAAUAUUUCAACUGUGUUGAGAGUGAGAGGCACACUGUGUUCUAAAAUGGCACAACCUGUUACCUACUUGUGCUGAUGGGUGUGUCUUGGUUGCUUGUUAAACAACCCUCAUUGGCUGCCUCUAACUUUUUUCCCGGGUUCGCCAGAAACACACCAUGUUAGGAAGUCAUGAUAUUGAUCUUUACAGAAAAAAAGAAAUUGCAAUUCCGGUGUUGCACUACA